AUGAAUUCAACUCGGGAGAUCAAUGCAUUCCGGCCAUCAUCUUCAACAAUCCAGAAGAACUCCCAUCUCAUCAAGAAACCUACAGGCAUGCCCAUCAGCACCACCUCAUCCACGGUCAUGUCCGACUCCUCCAUUGCUUCUGCCUCACAUUCUCAACCAGUCAUUAUCCACGCACAUUCUCCCAAGGUCAUGCACAUACAAGCAUGCGAUUUCAUGGCCAUAGUCCAAAAGUUCACCGGCUUCUCUACUCCAUCCAAUGAUGACAAUAAUACUAAUCUAACAUGCAAAGAUGACGACCCUCCUGUUAACAAGAAAAGGAAGAUCUCCGUUGGCCAGAGAGAGGAAAAAUUAGUCGAAUCAUCAUUAAAUGACAAUCGUCAAUUGAAGCCACAGCAAUGGCCCUCCGUUACGCCAAUCGCCAACGUUGGGUUCAAUCCCUUCUCUAAUGCAAUGUGGUUUGGGCAUGGAUUUACGUCAGAGAUUUUUGAGUUGCCCAAUUCGAUCUACAGAUUCGCUGAGAUGCCGGAGAUGUCUUCUAUUUCUAAUAUCAAUAGUACAUCAUCAAGAUUAUCUGACGUAUGA